CCUCGGUCGUAGGCCUUUCUCGUUUCCCUUUCCUUCAUUUUCCCUCCUCCACCGAAUCCAAUAACACUACCCAAAUCUCUUCUUCUUCGAGCUCCACAAACCCUAACCCUAACCCUAACCCUGAUUCGGGAUCGAUCUUCGAUGCGCGGAGGCUUAGGCCCCUCCGAGUCGUCGUCUUCUGCGUCCCGAUGAGGCUGAUCGUGCGGUCGCCGCGGAUCCUCCUACCCCUCCUCCUCCUCGGCGUGCCCUUCGCCAUCGUCUCCGGACUCCUCUUCGUCAACCUCCCCUCCGAUUUCUCCCCUCCCUCUCUGAGCAAUCGAUUCGGGAGGAAGGAGUUGGGCGGGGAAGGAUCUCGAUUGGUUAAGAAUGUUUCCCCGGGGCACUCUGCUGAUUCAAUGAGACUUAAUGCAAUCAAUAUGGAUAUUGAUGGAAGACUCAAAGAACCCACUGGAACUGUUUAUGAAGAUGAUAAAUCUCAUAUCGAAGCCGUGCCGUCUAGUGAGAAUGAAGGUGGAGAACUUAACAAGUCUAAUGUGCCCAUCUCCACAAAGGGGGAGAAGCUCGAGCAGUCUGAUAAAGCAACUGUAAGGGAAGAUAAUGGCGGUUCUCGUUCUCAGAAUGGACCAAAAGAGAAGAUAUGGGAGAUGGAAGAUCAACUAAUCAUGGCUAAAGCUUACUUGCGUUUUGCUCCACCAGGUAGCAACUCCCAUCUUGUUCGCGAGCUAAAGUUGAGGAUAAAAGAGAGCGAAAGGGUGCUAGGUCAAGCAAGCAAGGAUUCGGAUUUAUCUAGGAGUGCUUUGCAGAAAAUGAGAGCAAUGGGAUCAACUUUAUCCAAAGCACACAGGGCUUACCCAGAUUGCCCCUCGAUGGCAUCAAAAUUACGGGCCAUGACAUAUAGCACCGAAGAACAGCUCAGAGCACAGCAAAGUGAAGCUUCAUAUCUUAUGCAGGUUAACGCAAGGACUUUGCCUAAAGGCCUUCACUGCCUCUCAAUGCAGCUUACUUCUGAGUACUUCAGUUUGGAGUCAAAAGAAAUGGAGUUCCCUAACAGAGACAGAGUGCGGCAACCGCAUUUGUAUCAUUAUGCUAUAUUUUCAGACAAUGUACUUGCAUGUGCAGUAGUUGUGAGCUCCACAGUUUCCGCCUCGAAGGAGCCGGAUAAAGUUGUGUUUCACGUGGUGACUGAUUCUCUGAACUUCCCAGCUAUGAAAAUGUGGUUUUUAUUGAAUUCUCCUCAUCCAGCCGCCAUUCAGAUCGAAAGCUUGGAAAAUUUUCAACAAUGGCUACCCUCGAAUUUCAGUUCAGCUUUCAAGCAAUCAGGGGUAAAGGAUCCAAGAUUCACUUCGCCACUCAACCACCUCCGGUUUUAUUUGCCAGAAAUUUUCCCUUAUUUGAGUAAAAUUUUACUUUUGGACCAUGAUGUGGUGGUGCAAAGGGAUUUGAGUGAAUUAUGGAAAAUGGAUAUGAAAGGUAAAGUUAUUGGAGUGGUUGAGACAUGUAGGGAGGGUGAGUCACUGAAUCAAUUGAAGAGUUUUCUGAACUUCUCAGACCCAACUAUUCAAGAUAGCUUCAAUGCAAAAUCUUGCAUAUGGGCAUUUGGGAUGAAUAUCUUUGAUCUUAAUGAGUGGCGCAGACGUGGUUUAACAACGAGUUACCAUAAUUGGCUUCAGGCGGGAAAGAGGAGGCAGUUGUGGAAAGUAGGUAGCCUACCACUGGGACAGAUGGUCUUCUAUAACCGAACGAUGGCUCUUGACAGGCGGUGGCACGUACUUGGGCUCGGCCACGACACAAAUCUAGAAAGAUAUGAAAUUGAGAGAGCAGCGGUUAUUCAUUACGAUGGUAACAUGAAGCCGUGGCUUGAGAUUUCGAUCCCAAAGUACAGAGGCUACUGGAAUAAGUUUGUUAACUACGAUAACCCCUUCUUGCAACAAUGCAACAUUCAUAAAUAACUUUUGAGACCUCUUUCCUCUUCUAUUCUUUGUAGUUCUUUCUGUAGCUUAGCAGUUGGAACCUUUCUUAUUGCCAUUCUCUUUUAGCCCCUGACGUCGUCUCUUUGUAUACUCACGGAGAAUUUCUUUAUUACUCGUCGAUGAUUAUCCGAUUCUUUUUCCAACAAUAUGUUGGCGGAAUAAGAAUUUCUCGAGGGCUUUUCGGAUUUUGAGAUUCGCGGACCAACUUCAUUUGUGUGUGAGCUGUACUCCCCUGUACAUUCGGGCUAUAAAAAUAGGUAUUUAUGUUGUUGUCUAGUAUUUAUAAUGCCUGGCUGUUUAAACAUUUGUUCUUGCACACAUUGUUUUUGAAUAAAGUUGUUUGUUUCUA